AAAGCCUGGCAAGACGCUGCGGGAAUGGUGCAAAGAUACAGCGAUGGCAUGGUGGAGAGGUGGAACAAGGAAAUUGACACGUAUCUCGUUCUGGCGGGUCUCUUCUCCGCGAUCCUCACCGCAUUCAACGUGCAGUCCUACCUCCUACUUCAACCGUCAGCCUCGGAUGCCUCC